AUGCAUUUCCACUGCUUUUUUACAGUUCCUGCCUGUUUGGCCGAAUACUUCAAACCGGUGGGAAAGCGGAAGGGACAGAGAGGAAUCAAACCACGUCUGCCGGCCGGUCCAGCAGGGGUUCCAUUAUUCGGACAUCUCCUUACUCUCAAGAACAUCAGAGAGGACCCUGAUUGUCAAGAGCUAAAAGAUCUGGCCAAGUUUGGUGAAAUGACUACACUUCAUCUCGGUUCCAAGACCUGGAUCUUGCUCAAUAGCAAAAGAGUUGUGUCAGAAAUCAUCGCAAAGAGAGGAAACGCUACAAAUACACGUUCUCCCAUGCCCAUCGCCAGCGGCAUUGUGAGCCACCAUCGUCGGUCUCUGCUCCUUCCGCAGGAACAAUGGAAAGAACCUCGCAGAGUGAUGCAUAAUCUGCUCAACGGAACAGCACUAAAGCAGUACGGGGAGUGGCAACAACAAGAAAGUGCUCAAAUGCUUGCAGAAUAUCUAUUUCAGCCUAAGCGAUGGUACAAGCACAACUACCGCUAUGCUAACUCCGUGGUCCAUCGAAUUGCGUUAGGAGAGCGCCUGGUCAAAUCUACUAAGGAGCUGUCAGAUUUGCAGGACGUUGUGACAUAUUUUGUGGGUAGCAUCGGAAGCAGUAUCAUCGACUGGUUCCCAGAAUUAGCUCGGCUCCCUAGGUUCCUUCAAGUCUGGCGUCCUCAUUGGGAUCAGUUAGCCGAGUGGAAUAACAACGUUUACAAAUCAUGGUGGUAUCCGGUACGAAAACAAAUAGAAGAUGGAACAGCGCCACCGUCAUUCGUACGCGACGUUCUAUUACAUCCCGACACAAAGUACUCCGGUGACGAUGAAGACGCCAUGUAUCUGGCUCUGCAACUCAUUGAAGCUGGAAGCGACACAACCCGCGAAGCACUCAAUAUUAUGAUUAUGGCGUCUCUGGAAUAUCCCCAUGGGUUCAAGAAAGCAAGAGACGAAAUUGACCGUGUCUGCGGGACUGGCAACGAUUCUAGGUAUCCUACUCUGGAUGACAUGGAUGACCUGCGAUAUAUUUGCGCCAUGUCCAAGGAGGUUCUCCGGUGGAAGCCGAUAUUUAUCCUCACUCCUGACCACACCUCAUCCGAAGACAUUGAUUUCGAAGGCUAUCAUUUUCCAGCCGGCGUCGGUUUUGUCAUAAACGAAGUUGUGGUGGGUAACGAGUGCGAGAACCCUGAUGAGUUCAUUCCCGAACGUUGGAUGGAUGGACAUGAGACAGAUAUUACCCAUGGACUCUGGCAGUUUGGCGGUGGCCGUCGGAUUUGCAUCGGCUACCGACUAGCACAGAGAAGCCUGUUUUUGAAUAUCGCCAGGCUGAUACAGUGUUUUGAUUUUCAACCCAAUGGUCCAUAUAACCCCAAGUUCCUCAAUUUGGAGUCUACAGAUGAGCCAUUUCCUGUCAAAGUGACUUUGCGACACGAAACAUACAGGCAACUUAUCAUUGAUGAAGCUACCAGGGCUGGAGUGUUGGAAGAUGCAAAGUUGGCACGGGACAUUUUGUGA